CAAAUUUAUCAGCUGUUCGGUCUUUGUACUUUGCUUAUGUUUUGAAAUUUUUUUAAUUUUACAUUAAAUUUAUGACAUCGUAUUGUACUUUGCGUAUAUUAUGUAUUAGUCCAUAAACUUUUUAAUAUUCUCUUUCAGUUCAUUCAUGGUUUUAUAUACAUUUUAGAGUAUAUCUAAAUAACAUAAUUAUUUUGAUUAUAUUACUUUAAGGUAGUGUAGGUAUAUAAAAUGAGCGGUAUACUUAUUACAUUGCCAGAAUUAUUUAAUUCGUAUAAAUCUUGGGUUAAACAUAAUCCACAGCUUGCCAGUGAUUAUGAAACGACAGUUAAAUGGUUAUCUUAUUUUCUUGCCGGUCGUGUCCAUAAUUCUCAUGUCGUAUCGGAACUAGUAUAUUGUUUGUCGAACUUGGUGGUUUUAUUCAAUGACAGAAUUAUAAGAAAAUCGUUUGGAGAAGGAAGCACAGCAGUUGAAAAAAUUAAAUUAUGGCUUACAGUCGUAGAGUAUUCUGAAGUAUUUUGCGAAUUGAGUUUCCAAAAAUUAUGGGGCAAAACAGGCAAAUGGUUUAUUAUUGUAGUAAUACAGAUUUUUAAGUGUGUUGCUAGAUUCUUGCUGGUACAUAAAUAUAAAGAAGUAAUUAUCGAAACACCACCAAUUCCCCCUUUAGAUCGAACAAAAACAACAUUAAAAGGUGGCAGUUCUGAUUCAAACAAUGUGGCUGAUUUAAGUUUGUCCACAUCGUUUACUUUAAAACACUCGGGACGUGCAAUUAGAAAAAUAGAUGCUUCACCCCCUUUACCUCUAAGGACUUGGAAGGCUUUAGAGCCGGAAAUUAUAAGACGGGAUUUGGGUAAUGAAUUUAACAGGAUUGUGAUAAACAGACAGCUCAUAGCUGAAUAUAUUUAUAUAACAAAGCCUCUAGUACAUUUAGCUUCGGCGGGGGUUUUUGGAACAAGAUCGUGGAAACCAUGGAUGAUUGCUCUUGGAUUCGAUACAGUUAGUUUAUCACUGUACAAGUCGACCCAGAAGCUCUCCUCAGGAAGUUUGACCAAAGCUCAAAAGAUACAGUUAUCAAAAAGGGUAUUACUUUUAAUUUUAUAUCUCCUUCGUUCUCCCUUCUAUGAAAAGUGCAGCGAAAAUAGAAUAAAUGCCUUCUUGAACGCCCUAAUUAAUAAUGUACCUCUGGCAAGAAUAGUAUGUACUCCACUGUUACAGUAUUUACCUUUCUGGCAGAACAAUUACUUCCAUAUGUGGUCUACGUAAAAUUUAGUUGAUUUAUUUAUAGUUAGAUUUAAUGUGGAGAAAGAAAAUGUGAUUUAAGGUCCUCUUGAAAAAUUGGGGAUUUGUUUAUAUCAAUUUGGGUUAGAGGUUAUAUUUUAAGUUAAAAAAUGUAGAGUAUUUCAGAUUUAAUCCAUUAUUGUAAACAUUUUUACAUAUAUUCUUUUUAUUUAGGCUGAUAAAAAUAUAUAUUUUUAUAGGUA